UUUCCCGGUGCGCGGCGGCGGCGGCGGUGGCGGCAUCACCGGCGGCAUGGCCGUGUGGACCCGCGCUUGCAAAGCGGGGCUGUUGGAGCUGCUGUUACGGGAACGUUGGGUGCGGGUAGCGGCGGAGCUGAGCGGAGAGGCAUUGAGCUUAACGGCGGAACCGGGAAGCUGCGAAGCGGCGGUGGUUAACGGCGUGGUUAACGGAAACCCGGAGGCAGCGCCCGGUUGCGUGCGGAGGGUGCGGGUGGUGAAGGCGGAGGCGGGAGGGCUCGGUAUCAGCAUCAAGGGAGGUCGGGAGAAUCGUAUGCCGGUGCUCAUCUCACGUAUCUUCCCGGGGUUGGCGGCGGAACGGAGCGGGGCGCUCCGUCUCGGCGACGCUAUCCUCGCCGUUAACGGCGUCGAUCUACGGGAUGCUACUCACGAUCAAGCCGUCCAGGCGCUGAAGCGUGCCGGGAGGGAAGUCAUCCUCGAAGUGAAGUUCAUGCGGGAGGUGACCCCCUACAUCAAGAAGCCCUCGCUGGUGUCGGACUUGCCCUGGGAGGGGGCUGCCCCGCAGUCACCCAGCCUGAGCGGCAGCGAGGACUCGGGCUCCCCGCAGCACCAGGGCCCCCGUGACCGCAAGGUGAUCCCCUUGAAGAUGUGUUUCGCUGCUAGGAACCUCAGCAUGCCUGACCUGGAGAACAGGCUGAUCGAGCUGCACUCCCCGGACAGCCGGAACACCCUGAUCCUGCGCUGCAAGGACACAGCGACGGCGCACUCCUGGUUCACGGCGCUGCACGCCAACAUCACUGCCCUGCUCCCGCAGGUGCUGGCUGAGCUCAACGCCAUGCUGGGCACCGGCGGCGCCGUGGCCGGUGGCAGGGAGGUGAAGCACAUCGCCUGGCUGGCUGAGCAGGCACGCCUGGACGGAGGGCGGCAGCAGUGGCGACCUGUCCUCAUGGCAGUGACAGAGAAGGACCUGCUGCUGUACGACGGCAUGCCCUGGACCAGGGAUGCCUGGGCAUCCCCUUGCCACAGUUACCCGCUGGUGGCUACCAGGCUGGUGCAUUCAGGCUCGGGCCUCCGCUCGCCCGCCCUGGGCUCGGAGCUCACCUUUGCCACCCGGACGGGCUCUCGGCAGGGUGUGGAGAUGCACGUGUUCCGCGUGGAGACCCACCGGGACCUCUCCUCCUGGACACGCAUCCUGGUCCAGGGCUGCCAUGCUGCUGCUGAGCUGAUCAAGGAGGUGACCGUGGGCUGCACCCUGGGUGGGCAGGAGGUGCUGCUCUGCAUCCACUACGAGUGUGGCUUCACCAUCUGCCGCGAGGAGCCGGGUGGCAGCAUCCUCUUCCGCUACCCCUACGAGAGGCUGAAGAUGUCGGCAGAUGAUGGCAUCAGGACCCUGUACCUUGACUUCGGGGGCCCCGAGGGGGAGCUGGCGCUGGACCUGCACUCCUGCCCCAAGCCCAUCGUCUUCGUCCUGCACACCUUCCUCUCAGCCAAAGUCACCCGCAUGGGGCUGCUGGCAUAGGUGGUCCCACAUGCCCCCCCCCGCCUUUCCCCAUCACAGACCAGGGGGAAAGGGGAGGGCCCCCCCCAACCUCCUGUCCUACCAGUGCCUUUCCGGGGCUGGGACUCGCUGCCCCAGGAGCUGCCGGGGCAGUGGCAGGAUGGCUGCUCUGGGCUGGGGGGGGUCUGAGCCUCUCCUGCUCUGCCCUGGCAAUCCCAGCCCCCCCGGUUCUGGGGGGAAGGACAGGGCACAGACAACAGCUUUAACUCCCCCCGGGCCUAAACCCAUCACUCAUCUCACCAACUGUGCCUUGGAGCACCCCAGUGCUUCCUCCAGCACCCCUCCUGCCUUGGGGCUCCCCUCCAAAGGGGGUCACAUUGUCCCCAAUUGGGACGGGUCUGGGGCUCCGUGAUGCCCCCAUUGCUGCAGCAUAGGGUCCCUCUGCCCCAGUCAGGGUGGGGGACACAUACUUAUCUUACUUGGGGCAUUCAUGGGUACAAGAGGGGACCCCCUGCACCCUGCUGCUGCUCUCAGUGCUGCUGCAGAGUGCAGCAGUGAUCCCCCUAAAACCUCCCAAAGCCAGAAAACAAUGCUGUGUCUCUGCUUCCUGCAGGGCUGGGGCUGCCAGGACCCCCCCCAAUGGCACCCCCAACCCUGCAGCCUGGCCCCUUGCCCGGGAGCUGCUGGGGAUCUGGCCCCCCACGGCUCGGGGGCUCGCAGGCCCUGGGGAUUGGGGCAGUACAUGUAGAUUGAUGCACUUUCGCUUUUGUACUUUCUCUCCCUCUGG